AUGAUGGUAAGAAACAGUUGUAAGAUCCUCCUUCGCAUGAAUCGAAACAUAGUGAGGAGAAACCUAAAGUUCCUUUCUUGCAAUCAGGUUUCGAAAGCGAACUUCAGUACUUCCCCUCAAGAUAAGCAAAAUGGAGGACCCGAGAAGAAGAUAAGCAGCGGCUCGGACGACUUUAAAGACUUUGAAAAAUCGGACGUGUACCAGACUCUGAAGGGGAAAAUUAAGGAAAUCCUUGAGAAGGAGAAAAUUGUGCUGUUUAUGAAGGGAACCCCGGAAACUCCCCAGUGCGGGUUUAGCGCAAAGGUGGUCCACAUACUGAAUAAUAUGAACGUAAAGGACUACGUAUACAUCGACGUAAUGAAAAACAACGACUUGCGCGAGGCGAUAAAGAUUUACAGCAAUUGGCCCUACAUCCCCCACUUAUACAUAAAUAACACCUUCAUCGGUGGUUACGACAUCAUCUCAGAUUUGUACGCCAGUGGAGAGCUACAGGGGAUGGUCAAGUGA